UAAUAGCGGCUCCUUCCACUUCUGAUUUGUUAUGGAUUACAUUUAUUUUCUGGAUUCCACAAGUUUGACCCAAUUGUUAAUAGAUAAUCCUCAGUGUACACUUGUACUUUGCUUCCCCAAACACAAGGAACAGACCAGCAGAGACUGACGUCUGUCGGUCAAACCAAGCCGACAUCAUGGAGCUUGCUGUGUUUUUCCUACUGAUCAGUGCUUCCUCAUGUAUAAGUUCUCUUCAAUCUCCAGAACCCCAUACUCCUAACAUCACUGAUCUCACAUUUAAAAACAUUGACUUUGCCAUGAACCUUUAUCGGAAGAUUGCAAGCCGCCAUGAUAGCAACAUUUUCUUUUCACCACUGAGUGUAUCUACAGUGUUCACUGCACUUUCUUUAGCAGCCAGGAACUCCACUCGCAGUGAAAUUCUUCAUGGACUGAAUCUGGACAUGUUGGAACAGGCUGGGCAGCUGGAGCUCAUCCCACAGCUCUUCCAGCACCUGCAGGGAAACAUCAGCCAAGCUGGAGCACUGAAGCUAGAACAGGGAACAGCACUCUUUGUCGACCUUCAUUUUCAAAUAGAGAAGGCUUUUGGGGAUCAGCUUGAGUUAUUUUUCAAUGCUGAGGUUGAAAAUGUGGACUUUAAAAAAUCUGAAAUGGCUAAGGAGAUCAUUAAUAAGCAUGUGAGUGAGAAAACCGGUGGUAAAGUGAAGGAGAUGGUGACUAACAUUGAUCCCUUGACUCGAAUGAUGCUAAUAAAUACAAUUUUUUUUAAAGGUAUCUGGAAGUAUCCUUUUGAGCCAAACAACACUGAAAAUGGUCGCUUUUAUGUAGACAAGUACAACAUCGUCCAGGUUCCCAUGAUGUUCAAUGUGGAUAAGUUCUCUUUUGCCAUUGAUAAUGAGCUCAAGGCAAAGGUGUUGCAACUCCCAUAUUUGGGGGGUGCAUCUAUGCUCAUUGUUCUGCCUGACCUCCAUACUGAUUACACAACUAUAGAUGAUGAGAUCAAUGCAGACAAAUUCCUUAGCUGGAUCAAGAAUAUGAAGCAGAGGAAACUGGAGGUUUCGCUUCCGAAAUUUACAAUGGAACAGUCUUAUGCUCUACACACCAUUCUACCAGCCAUGGGCAUUAAAGAAGUUUUCAAGGAUACUGCUAACUUUAAAGGCAUGAGCCAAGAGCCUGGUUUGAAAGUCUCCCAGGUUCUGCACAAAGCAGUGAUUGAGGUGAAUGAGAAAGGCACCACAGCAGCAGCAGCCACAAGCGUGGGCAUCACACCAUACUCUAUGCCAGAAACCUUCACUGUGAACAGACCUUUCUUCUUUUUUAUUUACCAUGAAGCAACCAACAGUCUGUUGUUUAUGGGCAGGGUGAUUGACCCCACUAAGAAAUAAAAAAUUUAUACUAUCAAAUGAA